AUGAACUGUCGCAGGCCGGCUGCGUGGCCCAAGCGACUACUUUCUGGAGAGCCGUGGGUUGGCCUCCCGGUUCCGUCGCCGCAGCCCCCGCUGGCUGAGAAGCGGCGGAGAUAG